GUCGCUGAUGAACGGAGAUGGCACUCAGUCGUCCAGCAAUGGUCCUGGCGGUGCUGCUGCCACUGCUGCUGCUGUCGGCGACCGCAACGGCUAGCCCUCAAGCGCAAGUAGAACUACCAACACAAUGUCCGAUCGGCUAUCGGCGCAGUGGUGGGACUUGCGUUUUUGAUUGCGAAGUUAUACAGUGUCCAGGCACGACAGCCCUGGCCUGUCAACAUAGAUGUCCACCUCCCGGUCCUGCCGGUUUUCUUGGCCCAGGAGACGGCCUGGACGACCCUGUAGUGACGAGCUGUCCGGUGAACUCGGAGCCGUGUAGCUCGUCCGUGGCGAACGGCCUGUGCUCCCGGGACGGUGGCUGCUCGGGCUCGCUCAAGUGCUGCCAGUUCGGCUACAAGGGCACCUGCCAGAAGACUUGUCUACCCGGGUGCCCGGCGUGCGCGCCCGGCAAGACGUGCCGCCUGGACCGGGCGCCGUUCCCCUGUGUGGGCUCCACGUGCCCGGCCAUCACGGCCUCCUGCCAGUCCUGAGCGGAGCGACGGACUGCGGUCCUCACGGCUUCCUGUCAGGUCUGAGC